AAGUUCGAUCUGGCCGUAUCGGCAAGCGGCGUGCCGAUACCCGUCGGGAAAAGAUUUGUCAAGCAUAUGCGGGUUGGAGAAAGAACUAUUUUUCUUGGCGUAAAUUUAGCCUAGAGAACUGUCAGGUUUUUUGGGUCCAUUUUAAACUUAAAUCUAACAAAUAAUUGGAAUUCGGACCGUGAUGCGGCACUCAACGGCCGACCCGCUCAAUGAUUGCCACGGCACAAGCUCCAUGGAUAAACCCUAAAACCCCAGGUCCCUAAAGCCCCUCUACCUGUAGAUAUAGUCACCGGAAGAGGAGGAGGAAGGGCCAAUUUCGGUAACCAUACCUCCUUCCUAUCUCUUCGAUGUCGAUUAAAUCAAAAGGCAAAGCACUUCUCUCCUCCUAAUCCUCGUCUUCUCUUCGUCUUUCUCGCCCGACUCCAUGGCCUUCUGCGCUCGGAAGCUGCCCUUGGGCGCCCAAAUACCCCCCUCCGGCUACGUCGGCCAUCGCCGCUCCGCUUCCACCUCCACCUCCGCCUCCGCCGCCGAUGCUUCCACCCCCGUCACCGCCGCCCAUCACCCGGAAUGCGUCCUCUCCGCCAAAACCCCAUCGCCUAAAUCCCCCACCAACUCGACCCGCAAGAAAACUGUAGUCCUCAUCUCCUCCUCCGCCCUUGCCGCUGGUGGCUUCCUCCUCCACCUCUCCACCCCCGGCCCUCCCCCCGGCAGUACCGGCGGCGGCGGCGGCGGCGGCGGCGGCGGUUGGGGCUGGGGAGGCUUCCGCGGGGGCGAUGGCGGAGGCUUCUGGUCUCAGAUAUUCUCUCCCCUGUCGGCGAUCGCGAACGAGGAGGAUCCCGCGGCCAGCGGCGGCCCGGAAUGGGACACCCACGGCCUGCCGGCCAACAUCGUUGUCCCGCUGAGCAAGCUGAGCGGGUUCAAGCGAUACAAGAUCUCGGAGAUCCUCUUCUUCGAUCGUCGCCGGGCGACCACCGUUGCCGGCACCGAGGACUCCUUCUUCGAGAUGGUCUCCCUCCGCCCCGGUGGCGUCUACACCAAGGCCCAGCUCCAGAAGGAGCUCGAAACCCUAGCCUCCUGCGGCAUGUUCGAAAAGGUCGACCUCGAGACCAAGACCAAGCCGGACGGCACCCUCGCCCUCACCGUGUCCUUCGUUGAGAGCACCUGGCAGUCGGCCGAUUCCUUCCGGUGCAUCAAUGUCGGGCUGUUGCCCCAGACGAAGCAGAUGGAGAUGGAUGCCGACAUGACCGACAGGGAGAAGCUGGAGUACUUUCGGAACCAGGAGAGAGACUACCGGAAAAGGAUCGAGCGGUCCAGGCCGUGCCUCAUGCCCACGCCGGUGCAGCGGGAGGUGCUGCAGAUGCUUCGGGAGCAUGGGAGGGUCAGCGCGAGGCUGCUGCAGAGGAUCCGGGACCAGGUCCAGAAGUGGUACCACGAUGAGGGGUAUGCUUGCGCCCAGGUCGUCAAUUUCGGCAAUCUAAACACCAGGGAGGUGGUGUGUGAGGUCGUCGAGGGGGAUAUCACACAGCUGGUCAUCCAGUUUCAGGAUAAACUCGGGAAUGUCUGCGAAGGGAAUACCCAGCUUGCUGUCAUUCGUCGGGAGCUGCCCAAACAGCUUCGACCAGGACAUGUCUUUAAUAUCGAAGCAGGGAAACAGGCUCUAAGGAAUAUAAAUGCACUUGCUUUGUUUUCCAACAUUGAGGUGAACCCACGACCUGAUGAAAAGAAUGAAGGAGGAAUCAUAGUUGAAAUAAAGCUGAAAGAACUGGAACAGAAAUCAGCUGAAGUAAGCACAGAGUGGAGUAUUGUACCUGGACGUCAAGGACGACCAACUUUGGCAUCAAUUCAACCUGGUGGAACUGUUUCAUUUGAACAUCGGAAUAUCAAAGGGUUGAACAGAUCCAUAGUUGGCUCUGUGACAUCCAGCAAUCUACUUAAUCCUCAGGAUGACCUAUCCUUCAAGCUGGAGUAUGUGCAUCCGUAUGUGGAUGGCGUGUAUAACCCUCGUAACCGCACAUUCCGUGCUAGCUGCUUUAACAGCCGAAAGUUGAGUCCUGUUUUCACUGGUGGGCCAGGGCUGGAUGAAGUUGCACCAGUAUGGAUUGACAGAGUGGGAUUUAAAGCAAAUAUAACAGAGGCCUUCACUCGACAAAGCAAAUUCACUUACGGACUUGUGAUGGAGGAAAUCACAACUCGUGAUGAAACUAGUAGUAUAUGUACUCAUGGUGCUCGAGCACUUCCUACUGGUGGCUUAAGCAUGGAUGGACCUCCAACAACACUCAGUGGUACUGGUAUUGACCGCAUGGCAUUUGCACAGGCAAAUAUUACUCGUGACAACACAAAGUUUGUAAAUGGUGCAAUCAUUGGCGAGAGAGACGUCUUUCAGUUAGACCAAGGCCUUGGAAUUGGCAGCAAAUUCCCAUUCUUCAAUCGUCACCAGCUCACUGUGACCCGCUUCAUUCCGUUGAAACAAGCAGAAGAAGGUGCUGGCAAGCCACCACCUCCUGUCUUGGUCCUUCAUGGACAUUAUGGUGGUUGUGUGGGAGACCUCCCAAGCUAUGAUGCUUUCACACUCGGAGGGCCCUACUCAGUGAGGGGCUACAACAUGGGCGAGCUGGGUGCCUGCAGAAACAUUCUUGAGCUGGCUACGGAGCUGCGGAUCCCUGUGAGGAAUACCCAUGUAUAUGCAUUUGCAGAACAUGGGAAUGAUCUUGGUAGUUCAAAGGAUGUCAAAGGAAACCCAACCGAGUUCUUCCGCCGGGCUGGACAUGGCUCAUCUUAUGGUGUAGGCGUCAAGCUUGGGUUGGUAAGAGCAGAGUAUGCAGUUGAUCAUAAUGCCGGUACUGGUGCGAUAUUUUUUAGGUUUGGAGAGAGGUUUUGAGGGACGUUGCCUACGUCACGGAUUAAGUUCCAAAAUUUUUGCAGAUGCUAUGGUGAUGCUAACCAUAUAUUUGUUUCCAGGAUGCCUGUCACUAUUCCAUGCAAUCAGAGGCGUCUGCACUGUACUCUAGUUGAUUUUUCGUAUUCUGGAAAAAGUUUGUGAAUCUUGCUUACUACUCCGGAACUUUAUUGCAGCCAUAAUGGCACAGAACUGAUGACGAGGGAAUUUGCUUAAUGCAAUAUAAAAUUGAACAA